CCGCGUCGGGCGGGCGGAGCGGCGCGGCCAUGGCGUACCAGGGCUUCGCGCAGGAGUACCUGGGCAUGCCGGCCGUGACCCGCGCCUACACCACCGCCUGCGUGCUCACCACCGCCGCCGUGCAGCUGGAGUUCAUCACCCCCUUCCAGCUGUACUUCAACCCCGACCUCAUCUUCAGGAAGUUCCAGAUAUGGAGGCUGAUCACCAACUUCCUCUUUUUUGGGCCCCUGGGAUUCAGUUUCUUUUUCAACAUGAUAUUUCUCUACAGGUACUGCCGCAUGCUAGAGGAAGGCUCCUUCCGUGGGAGGACGGCUGACUUUGUCUUCAUGUUCCUCUUCGGAGGGUUUCUCAUGACACUGUUUGGACUCUUUGCCAGCCUGUUUUUCCUGGGCCAGGCUUUCACCAUCAUGCUGGUGUAUGUAUGGAGUCGCAGGAACCCUUACAUCCGCAUGAACUUUUUUGGGCUUCUUAACUUCCAAGCCCCCUUCCUGCCCUGGGUCCUGAUGGGAUUCUCUCUGCUCCUAGGAAACUCCAUCAUCAUUGAUUUGCUGGGGAUUGCAGUGGGUCAUAUCUAUUAUUUCUUGGAAGAUGUUUUCCCCAAUCAGCCUGGAGGAAAGAAGUUGCUGUUAACACCUAGCUUUCUGAAGAUGGUUUUUGACACACCUGAAGAGGAUCCCAAUUACAACCCCCUCCCUGAGGAUCGUCCAGAACACCAGCCUAGAGACCAUGACCAGAACGAGCAGCAGCAUCCACAGUAACCUGGGGGACUCCUUCAAGUGGCCGGAUUCCUCUCUUCUGGCUGGACUUUUGCUGUGGCCCAGAGAUCCUACUGGAAUAACACCAAUUGCCAUUCCGAUGUGUAGUGUGUCGCUGUUUGUGUGGGUAACCCAUCCUCCCCUUGUACAAAGUGGAUCCACAGAGCUUUGCACACACGAACUCCUGAAUGCUCACAGAGGUGUUCUAGGGACAGGGGCUGAAGCUGUGACAGCUCCUCAGUUACUUGGUGUGGAGUGAGAAUCAAAUGGGGUGUUAAACCAGCUCCUCCUCCUGCUGUUAAUGACUUGCUGUGUGCCAGGUCACUCUUGCCCUCUGUACAGACUAUUGCACCUGGCCCUCACUGUUGUGAGACCUCUCUGUGGGCUUUCAAUGAAGUAAUUCUGUACCAUGGUAGAAUGCAGCUCAGCCUUUUUCUUUCCUUUAUGUCCCCCACUCCUUUUCUGGUGGUUGUUUCCAAAGAGUCUUUACAUUAAAGUCUUUAUUUUUCA